ACGUUGAAAAGGGGUGGUGUGAAACUAUGAGGAAGAGGCAGAGAGAGCACUGUGGACAGGUAGAGCGAAACACACCAGUUUAAGUGAGGAUUCUCAGAUAUUUUGCGAUGAAAUAAAACAACCGACAACACUAAGAAAAUAAAAAUAAUGAUAAUUUGUUGACGAAAUGAAGAAAAACAGUAUGGCAUGUGAUGUGGAUUAUCUCUAGGUCUACCGAUCCUAUUUGGAAUCAGUUAUUUUGUUGUUGUCGCGCAUAACCGAAAGCUGGGUUCAUAAAUAAGCAAGAUCGUGGCACCAGUAGACUUUCGGUCAUUUUGUUGACGUGCUGUGGUGCCCUGUAGGGUCAUGCUGAUGGACCAGGACACUCAGUGGCUGUACCACCUCCUGGCCGAGGUCCAGUUGGAGAGGUUCUACCUGCGCGUCCGGGACGGCCUCAACAUCACCCGCAUAGAACACUUCAACUAUGUCAAGGAGUCUGACCUCGAGCAGAUCGGCAUCAGCAAACCAGGACAGAGAAGAUUAUGGGAUGCUGUGAAACGGUACAAGAUCACCAUGAGACCAAAGUCAUGGAUCACCAAGGUCUUCAGUGGCCGUGGUCCGGAGGGCGGUGACCAAUGGGGCAGUAUGGGGCAGGGCCAGGAGACAGGAGGGCGGGCACUCACCUGUCUGAUUCAGGACAGUGAACUAUCUCUAGGGGAGAAGCUGGGCAUGGGCUCCUUCGGUGUGGUGAAGAGGGGAGAGUGGCAGACCCCCACUGGGAGAGUGCUGCCAGUUGCGGUGAAGACUCUAAGGAGCAGCCUGUCCAGACAGACGGACACGCUGACAGACUUCCUCCAGGAGGUGACCACCAUGCAGUCUCUAGACCACCCCAACAUCAUCCGCCUCUACGGAGUGGUGCUCACACAGCCCCUGAAGAUGGUGACAGAGGUGGCAUGUCUGGGAUCCCUGUAUGACACGCUGCGCUCUCGUCAGUACGAGUACCCCCUGGCACGCCUCUGGCUCUUCGCCACCCAGAUAGCAGCAGGCAUGGAGUACCUGGAGGGUCGCAGGUUCAUUCACAGGGAUCUGGCUGCCCGGAACGUUCUCCUGGCAUCCAGGGAGAUGGUGAAGAUCGGGGACUUUGGGCUGAUGAGGGUCCUGAGUCAGGAGAAGGACCACUACAUGAUGACAGCCCACAGACGCAUCCCCUUUGCCUGGUGUGCCCCAGAGAGUCUGCGUUUGGGCUCCUUCACCCAUUCCUCUGAUGUGUGGAUGUUUGGGGUCCUCCUCUGGGAGAUGUUCACCUAUUGUGACGAGCCUUGGCUGGGGUUAUCUGGCAGACAGAUCCUGUGGAGGGUGGAGAGGGAGGGAGAACGUAUGGAGAGACCCCCUGACUGUCCUCAGGAACUCUACUCUGUGAUGAGAAAGUGUUGGGCCUGUACCCCAUCCGACCGACCCACCUUCUCCCAGCUCACCACUCUGGUGGCAGAGGCUCAGCCUAUAGAGGUGCGUGCUGUGAGGGACUUUGCGGAAUCUAGGAAACUCACUCUGCUAUCCAACGACCUAGUGACCGUCAUAGACCAUGGUCUGGAGCUGUGUGAGUGGAAGGGUCAGAACCAGAGGACCCUGACGGUGGGCUGGUUCCCACCGAGCCUGGCUGCCCCCAGCAGCACUCCUGCUCCUCCCGCUGCCCCUGGUCCUCCCGCUGCCCCUGGUCCUCCUGCCUCCAGCCUCAUCUCUCCCCCUCUGAAGGGCAGUCUGCAGCACACAGGGCAUGGAGACACCCACCCUGACCGUAGCUGGGGCACCCCGGAGCGCCUCGAUGAGAGCGUAAACUGGAGGAGCGGCCCAGCAAACAGAGAUCGCGAGGAAGAGGGCUCCAACUUACAGAAAAUGUCAGGUAUGACCAGGAGUCUGGAGUCUGUCCUGAGCGAUCCCCAGAGCUGGACUCAGACGGUAGUAGGGGUCAGGGUGGACCCCCGUCGUGGACCCGUCCCUGCCAUGGGGGCCCAGAGCGUGGGGAUGCAGCAGGACAUCCGUAGGUUCAGCGAGGCCAGCAUCAACCCCCCGGCUCGCCCGCCCCCACCCAACCUCAAAAACUUCAAGAUCCCCCAGGUGGUGAGCCGAGAUCAAAGGCCUACUGCAAAUCCAGCCCCAGGCACCUCAUGGCCUCCACAGCCUCCAACACAUCCACAGCAGCAGAUGCUACAUCCAGCCCAGCCUCAGCCCCAACCACCGCAGACCAUGGGAGGAAGCAAUCUGGGCAAGAUGGCCCACAUGGCACGGUCAACACCAACACUGGAUAACUAUGGGGACAAGGAGAGGGAUCAAGAAAAGGAGAGGGUGGUGAGGGAACGAGAGAGGGAGAGGUACCCGCCUCAAGUGCAACGCACCAGGGAAGCCGUCAUAGCACAGGUCAUGGAGGCGGUGCAUGGAGUAACCAAUGAGGAGGUUCGUAAUGCACUUCGCCGCAAUGAGUGGAACCCUGUUAGGGCCCAGCAACAACUCAAGAUGGAGCAGCUGUACUCUCUGAGCCUGUGUUCUCGUGACGACUGCGUCAUGAUCCUGUCCCGCUACCAGUGGAAUCUACAGCUGGCCAGUCGCUACCUGUUCAGAAUGGUACGGGAGGACAGGACUGGAGGAGGAGAGAGGAAGAGGAAGGAUGGAGAGAGAGGGACACCCCCUGUUGCCAUGGCGAGACGAGGAGGAGUAUGAGAGGUGGAGGGAUACUGGAAACAACAGACAAUAAAGCUUUACAACGUUUAAGAGGAACUGACAAGGAAUUUUAGGAAUGAAAUGGAUGGGAGGAGGAUAAAAAAGGAAUUGAAUAUAUAUGGAGUGAACCAUAAAGACGUUACAGUCCUUUAUCCUUUUUUUUACAGUUCUGUUAAACGUAUUUUUUUGUGACGAACUGCCACAUCCUCUCUGUUCUCAAAAAUAGUUGUAUCAUGAUGAAUUUGUAUAUAUUGUAUUAGCAUUGAUUAUAUUUGUUGAAUAAAUUGUUGAUACAAAAUGUGCAUGAGCUAGUGGUGUACAUGUGGCUCAUGCCCCUCAAUUUUACAAAUAAUUAGAGCUGGGAUGUCGUAGAAUCAAGAGAAUACACAGUGUGAUGUAAUUUCCUUUCGCAGGAAGUGUUUGGCAUUUCUCACUGCCUUGACUUCCUAAUUGACCUCUGGUUGUGAGCUUCCCAUUAUGCUGUCUAUAAAACUAGAGCAGAAGGAUGUUACAUGGGGCUGGAGAAUCCAGCACUACUAUGGAGGGAGAUGACCUUAUGUUAAACUGUACUUCAGCAUGCUUCCAGCAAGGGGGGGGAGUAAUGAGAACACCUCCCUUAUGUUGUGAACCUGCCUUACUCCUUUCAGGCCCCCCUGGCACUUUGCCACUAGUAUUUUGUGUUUGAGGUUUGAACCGUCAACCUGGUGACCAGGAUCUCUUUAAAAUCAAGCACGACUCUGUGUAAUUGAGAUUGACAAUCACAAUAAACGAAUUGAUCAUGCUUUGAAACCGCAAGACAAUUUCCCAUUGAGCCGAAACAUGCAGCAUUUAACCGUGAACGCAAGGAACAUAAAUAAAAUACCCUUUUUUUUUUAUACUCGGCCUAAAAUAUAGACAACUGCACAUGUAUGAACCGUUGUAUUUAAUAUUAGAACUUGGGGUGUCACGUUCACAUAGAUGAAUGCCUACACAAAGUGUUUGAACCCAAGUCUGUUUGUGAUCGGGGCAUCUGUCUCGUGUAUUCCUAGUGUCAUUUAUUUGUUCAUGGGGUGAGUAUGAAGUUGGCUCUGCCAGGGUUAGGCAACCCUGGUCCUGGAGUGCUGCAUCAGUUCAUGUUUUUGUUUUAACUGACAUGGAAGACCAGGUGUGUUGAAUUUAGGCAAUCACUGAACUGAUCAAUUAGCUCAGUGUGGUGCCUACUGUACAUGUAAUUAUGACGAUCCUGCUGUACCUGCAGCACUCCAGGAACAAGGUUUCCUACCCUGCUUUGUGUACAAUUUGGGGAACGUUUUUUGUAUUAGGUCAAACAAUUAUUCUUUGUGGUAAAUAGAGCAGUUUGGGAUCUUUCGUUCAGUGUGACCUGUAGUUUUACACUAGUGCCGAGAUUCAAUAUGUCAAGUUCUAGGCAUUGCAGCUUUUAUGGUGGAUUGUAUAGCAGCCCAUACAACAACAAAAAACAUCUCUAGCUUUAAAGGCAAUUGCUGACUGAGCCAACAUAUGCAGUGUUUACCGGUAAUAGGAUUAUCCUUUCAAAACCGCAAUGUCUAUAACCUGCGAAUGGAUUGAAUCCCAGCCUAGGUUUUGUGAGUGCCAGAGAGAGCUAGGCCACUGAGGGUGGGGUGGAGAGCAGUGUUUAUGAAGCCCUGUUAAAUAAAUGACAUGUGUUACUAAUUGGAAAAA